AUGUCCCCGUCGCGGACACACUCGGAGAGGGAGCUACGGCACCAGAUGCCGCCCCUGCAGACGACGUCAACCCAUCGCAAGACCACGGCGCAAUCUCGUCCACAGCCAGCUUCCAAAGCUCCCACCUCCGAUAUGAUACCAGACGAGGCGAGAAUAAAGUCCCCCACGUCGCCCGCCGGCCAUCAGCGCUUCGUCCUGACCGACGUGGUAGCUGCGCGAUACAUCGAGGAGGACCCGACCACCUCAUGCCAUGUCCUCGCCCGUCGUCAGGAGAUUCAAGGCUACGAGAUAUACCUAGUCGAGCAGUGGGCAUGCUCCCGCACCCACCCCACCUUCCUCAUUACAACCUAUACCGGGAACCCGGAAGAUACUGUGCUGGCCACAAUCAUAAGCGUACCCAAGAAUGAGGAGGAAUGGUCACCGCAGAUGCGUCUGUAUUUCCGCUCGCUGACCGAGUACCAUGCGCGGAGAAAGGACACGCCCUAUGGCGCUCUGAUGGUGACAAACCUCAGUGGCUUUCCCUCUUCCCUCACUGUGAUUCCGAUCCCUGGCGGCGAUUUGAAAAAGUACCGCGAGCCCUUCUUUGUCAACGAAAACUUGAAGAGAUUGGGCUGUUCAGGUCGUCUGGGCAUAAAGCUCACGCCACCAAGCAGUGCCACGCAGGCCAAGUUCCAACAACUGUACCGAACGAGCGAGAAAAUCCCCUUCAACGCAUCUGUAAUUGAGCUUGUGAAGCUCUGUCAAGUUGCACUUGUCUUGUUUGGGAAACUAGAGCCCGAAUAUGCAGACGGCCUGCUGUGCGAUGUGACAGAGAAAGCUAUUAAUGAUUGGUGGAUAGACUUCGGAUCGGAAUACUACACAGUAGAGCCUCAUGAUGGCAUUCUCGGUCCUACCACAGUCGCUGCAUUGCUAGGCAUGCUAAUGGGUGCACGAAAUAGAUUGAGUGCAUGCAGCGCCGCCGUCGCAAAGGAUGUCUUUGACAUAGAAGCCACCAAGCGUGGUAUCGCACAUUUUCAGAAGUCGCAACAUCUACCCAGAACCCGACGUCUCGAUCGACACACGCUUGACAAAUUGCGAAGAGCUUCUGCAAAGGCAGCCAGUAAAGAGGGCUGGGCCGUUCCUCGAGCUUUCAAAUCUACAGUGGCUGAGCUAGGAGGCAAGGGAGGUGAGAUGGUCAUGGGCAUUGUUGGGGCUGGACAGAAGGACGGCAUCGCUGAAGUAGAGACGGUUGACAUCGACCAAUUUGUGGAGCUUGUGAGAGGUGAGCAUGCAAAGUGGUUAUGGCAUGGAAAGCCUAGGAAGACAGUAUCGGGAGACAGCAUGUUCGAUCGACUUCCUGGUGGAGAAGGACGCUCAACAUCGCCAGACAAACACGAUCCCACAACGAAACUGGUCCAUAGGGAAACAACGCUCGAUCAUCAACAUAUUGCGAAGCGCGACACAGGGUCUUCGGAGAUGAAGAAAGUAGACACCUCUACCCCGGAUGGCCAGGAAAAAGAGAGCUUCAAGGAUCCAUCUUCAAAGCGGGCCGUCAUCAAAGCAAAGCUGGAAUCGGGUAGUGGCUUCCAUCACAUAAAGAAUGCUGUCAGUCUGCGUACUCAUGCGAGCAAAGUAUCGCGAGAAGAACAUGGACGACAUGGGUUACAUCGAACCAAGAGCGGAACAGCACAAUACACAGACUCACGAACCUCGAUGGAUUACUAUGAAAGCCAGUCCGACGACCCCUAUUCCCUUACGUCACCCCAGAGCACUGCCGGCGAAGAGCCAGCCUUUACUAAACAGCUCACCGAAACUCCGGGUGAUUCUGUCGUCUCUUUGAGCGACAACAAGCUAGUCGGUGGCCGCCAUGCAUCAAACUUGCGGAGUUCUAUAGUCGAAAGCGAAGUCUCAGAUCAGCCCGAUGAACUACCGACCGUAGCAAGCUCUCUUGCAGGGUCUGUAUAUCACGGAGUUGAUCUCAACGAAAACCUCCCCGUUGAUCAAGCAAAUGAAAUCCCGCCUCUCCUACGCCGUACCCAGUCCGGCGACCAAUUUGGUUUCCGCCAGCCAUCCCGCAACGACGACUGGUGGCCCCGUCAUCUAUCCUUUAGCACCGCCGAAGAAAGCGUCCUCCGUUGGACAACCAUCAACGCCCAAGACAGCGACGAAGAAGCUGUAACAGAGGACGACAAAGCUGCCACCAUGGAUACUAUUACCACCCGCAAUGCGAUCCAAAACCUUCAUUCGACACAGCUCAAACGCCUACACAGCCAGCUUCACAGUCUCUCUUCCAAAGACCAAGCUUGGGUUCAAAAUGCAGUCUCGUCUAUCCUUGCCCUCUCAGACUCCGCAGACACAGAUAUUCAAACCCUUGAAUCCAUCUACUAUCCUCGUCUCGAUACAUACCACAGUCUUCGCGAAGACACACACGCUACUGUGACGAAUAAUCGCGGGCAGCUUACGGCGAGUCUCAGAGAAUUGGGUAAUGUUGGCGAUAAGCUAGAAUACGAGAUUAGUGCGCUAAGAGGCAAGGUCGAGGACAUUGAGGAUGUAGUGGGUGAGUUUGAGAGACAAGUUGAGUUUGUUGAAGGGAGGGUCGACGAUCUGGAUAGAGUUUUGGGCGAAAGGGAGGGCUGGUGGCGGUGGGGUGUCAGGGUGCUGACGGGUGUUGGCACAGCGCCUGGGUAA